AUGCCCAGCCUCCGGAAAAGAACACGGCUUUACUGUUGGCUGGCCGGCACGGCUGAGUACCGUCAAGGGGGGAUUGACAAAGUGCUCAAGGGUGAGUCGGACUUAGUAUGGCGUGAACGGAGCGCUUUGAGUAGUCACCUCGCCUUCUUCCCUCUUGUUCACAUGUUGGCACCUAGCAGAGGAGCGAUGCCCUGGCUGAUGGACACCCGGAUUGGUUUUCACAACCAUGGGCACCUGGCUCAGCCUGGACAGAACAACGAAGUCAUCGGAGCUUGGUCAUAA